AUGGGCUGCGCUAGUUCCGCGCCCACCGCCAACGCGGCAGCGGGGGAGGUUGGGAAUGGCGGCGAGGGCCAGGCGGAGGAGUGGACACUGUGCGGAUGCGGGGGGAAUCGGCGCGCUAAGGAGGGGAAGGUGCGGACGCAGGCGGGUGGGGAGAAGAGGCGGAGGACCAGGGAAAACGAGGCGCAGAAAGGGGAGGCACUGAGGGACGGGCGUGCGAUUAAGAACGAGCGGAACGCGGAAGUGAUGCGCGGUGGGGACCGAGUCGAGGAGAGGGACGAGAGGAGAGAAGCGCACGACGGGAGAGUGGGAGGCAAGGUGCGCGCAGAGGACGGGCAGAAUGGCGCGGAGCGUUGCGAUGGCACGGGGAUGAACGGCGGAGCAGGGGGCGGCACGCUCAAGCCCCCACCACUCAUCCCCCACCGCGCGUCCUCCACCGCCCACCAUUGCAGGAGCGCACUGCCCCCACGGCCCACCCAGCUCGCCCAAUCCGCGGCCAGCAUGCAAUCCCCCACCAGGUGCCGUACUCCCUGGCCACCACGUGCCAUUCCACUUUGCCGCUCCGCUUCCUGCCCGUGUCGUCUCCUCAAUGCCCCCCGCGUCAUGCUCACUCUUGCUGAAGCCCGUGUGUGUGUGGCAUGGCAUGUGUGCGGCACACACAGCAGGGUGGGCGUGCUGGCGUUUGAGGUGGCGGCAGCGGUGGUGAGGGCGGGGGUGGUACGGCAGUCAGUGGAGGGGGAGGACGUGGACGAGCUGCGCAGGGAGGUGUUGGCGUCCGAUGGCAUCGCCUUCCUCCUCUCCUCUGACUUCAACCACGUCUGGCAGAUCGCCGCCCGCGAUAAGUGGGAGGAGGUGGGGCGGCUGGCAGCGAGUGUGGCGCGCCUCGGCUCGCAGUGCACUGACACCGCUCUGCACUCCCUCGCCCUCCGCUUCUCCAGCCUGGCUGCAGCAGUGAGGGAGCGGCAGGGGGGUGGGGGGGAAGAGCAGGGGGGGGCGGAGGAGGGGGAGGAGGGGGAGGCGGUGGACGAGCUGCUGCUGCAGCUGGAGGAGGACGCUCAGAUCACCAUGGAGCUGAGGCGCGAGGUGCUGCUGCUAGAGGCCAUGCGCCGCGACAUGGAUGCCGCAUGCGACUCUGGUGCCCAUGCUGGUGAUGCUGGGGGUGAUGGUGGUGGUGGGGUUGUUGGGGAGAGGGCGGCGGAGCUGAGGGCACAGAAGGAGCGGGUGCGCGCCAUGCAGGAGAGCUCCUUCUGGGACCGCCCCCUCCAUGAGUUGGUGCGCCAGCUGGCGCGUGUCGUGGAUCAUCUCAUCCGCCUGGUCUCCUCCACCUUCGGCCCGCUGCCACCGGACGUCCCUCUGCUGCCCGUGCGAGGGAAGGGCGCACAGGCGGAAGGGGGGAGGGAGGGGCAGGCGGAGGGGGGGAGGAAGCUGGGGGAGUCGGGCAUGGCGCUGGCGUAUGCGCGGCUCAUCAUCGCCAUCGACCUGCUGGUGGGAAUGCAGGGGGCGGAGAGCCGGAGGGACUACCUGUACUCGCUGCUGCCACACUCGCUGCGCUGCAAGCUCAAGGGGGCGCUGCUGCAGUCACAGCACAUCUGCAUGGAGAGCACGGAGAGCAUAGAGGAGAAGCUGGAGGGCGUGUUGGACUGGCUGGUCACCAUGGCAGACAACACCAUCAGGUACGCCAGUGACGUGCGGGUGCGGGGAGGCAGUGCGUUGAGUCGCCUGCAGACGCUGCAGCACGUGGAGGAGGCGCGCAUGGAGCGCCUCGUGCUGCUGCUGCUCAUCGGCCUGCAGCACCUCGCCAGCCGCCAGCAGCUCCCCCCUCCCCCCGCCCCCGCACACGCACACACACCUGCCCCCUCCACCGCCUCACCGCAUGGGGUGGGCGAGGGGGGGAGCGGCAGCGGUGGGGGCGGGCCCAGUGGCAAGUAUGCGAUGACAGGCGCCGGGGGAGGCCCAUGGGGCGCUGGCAGGGGCGCAGGCAGGGCGGGUAGUGGCGCAGCUGAGAGGAGGGGUAGGGAUGCAGGGGAAGAGGGGAGAGAGACGAGAGAAGGGGAGGGACAGGAGGGUGAAGGGGGGAGCAGUGGCAAGGGGGAGAGCAGGGAGGCAGCAGGCAGUGGAGCGUCUGCUUUACCCGCUACUCCAGGUGGUGGUGGUGGUGGCAGGGAGAGGGGGUGGGCGAGUCACACGCGGGUGUGGCACCCCAUCCCAUGCACCGCCAUCACAGCCCCCUUCCCGCCGCCUGCCGCCCACGUGGCAGCUGACUUGGCCAGUGACGUGGCAGGUAUGGAGGGUCACUCGCCAAGCAUGCCUGCAGCAGGGCCUGCCAGCGAGGAGCGAGCCGUGGGGUCGGUUGCAGCACAUGCAGCGGUGGGCCCGUGGGGGCAAGAGGCAGCCCGGGGAGAUGCCGGCACAGCAGAAGCAGGGAGCGGGUUGAUGGCAGUAGAGGCGGGUGCAGCAGAGGGUACACGGGAGGAGACCGGCGAGGGCAGGGCGCCGAGCAGCGAGGAGCGCGUGGGCAGCCCCGGAGGCAUGCAGGACGUGCCUCCCAUCGACCUGCACGCUGCUGCUCUGUCCUGCCACCCGCAGUGGUCGCCGGGGUCAGGCAGCGACCCCCCGUCCCCCGCUCCCCUGCCGUGGUCGGGGCCGCUGAGCGAGCGCAGCAGCGUGGGGCGCGCGUCCCAGGCCAGCAGCCCCGGUGGCGUGGCGUGGAGCGGUGGUGUGCGGCGCACGGGCAGUGCGGAGGGCAGCCGGGAGGGCGAGGGCGUGGAGGAGUGGAGCGACAUCCUGGCCCACUUGUCGUCCGCUGCUCGUGGUGCCGUGGGGGGGGUGGGCGGGGUGGGGACAGGGGAGGGUGAUGGGGUCGGUGCUGUGGAAAAUGCAGCGAUAGUGGGGGCCGAGGGUGUGGAGAAUGUGAGUGUGGGGAGUGUGAGUAGUGGGCGGCGGGAAUGGAGGGUGCCACAGAGUGUGCCUGAGGAGGAGGAGGAAGGCGAGGAUGGGGAGUCCAGGGGUAAGGAGGAUCAAGGGGAGGGAGAGGCGCAAGUGGGCAGUACAGUUCACAGCGGCACAGGGGAAGUAGCUCCACCAGCAGCAGAGCCAGCAGGGUUGCCGCCAUUGGUGGAAUCGGACUCGUGUCCAUCUGUCCCUCCUGUAUCUCAUCUGCCCACCGAGCCUCUCACCCCUGGGUCUCUCAUGCCACCAUCGCCCUCUGCUGCCAUGCCACCGCGCUCCGCCCUGCUAGCCAGUGCAGCACCUGCAGCAGGCGGAGUGGAUGGCGCCAUGCCCGCCACUGUGCUUGCCACCGCCGUUCCCAGCAGCGUGGCAGCAGAAGGGGGCCCGGUGGCGAGGGUGCGGGCGAGGGCCCCGCGGGCGGGGUGGAAGAGCAAGAGCCAGCCGCUGGAGCGACUGGCGGCGCGCAUGAAGCAGCGGCAGCAGCGGGCCGCAGGGCAGCUGCAGGAGAGCACAGGGGGCAGCCCCCAGCUUCAGCUGCAGGGCGAAGGGGGAGGCAGGGGGCUGGCAGGGCAACAGUCAGUCUCGCGCACUCUGAGUCGCCUGCAGCAGCAGCAGGCCAACAGCCUUACCGCCUCCUCUGCUGGCGGCGCUGCCCUGGGCGCGGACUCCCCCCUCCACGCUCGUGUGCUGCGCCGCGCGCUCACUCCCAACCCCGGCGCUGCUGCUGGCGGCAGCCACAGCGGAGGGCUGGAGAGGCGUGUGGGGAGGGGGCUGGGGAGCGCGUGGGAGGGGGACAUAGGGGUGGGGGUGGAGGGGGAGGAGGAGGAGGAGGCAGACAUCGAUCGCAUCCUGGAUGCGCGGCCUGACAUGGACAUCAGCGCCCUCAGCCCCAUGCUCAUGCGCUCCCCCUCCUUCGGCCGCCAGCAGUACUGGAUGGUGUGA